AUGUUAACACUUGCCGAAUCACCUUCUUCUGAUAAUGGACAGCAAUGGUUAACUGGGCAGUACGGUGAAGUACCCAAAGUGAUUAAUUUGUUGGAACAAAAGUCAGAAGAAAGUUCAUUAAAUAAUUUCAAAGUUACCAAUCAUGCCAGUAAUGAAAUCUCAACAAAUGGCAAAAAAAUAACAAACAAAUAUAGGACUGACGUUUUGAACGAAGUUCCUGAAACACUUUUCAGUGACGUACCGAAUCAUAGAAAAUUACUGUUGUUGUUACUCCAACAUUUUCAACGAGGUAAUCAUUUACUGCUAGUCGAAAACCGGGGACUGGAAAAUAAAAAAAUCGCAGACAGACUAUUACAACAUUUGAAUCGUUCUACAGAAUAUACGCAAUUGCACAACGCCACAACGAUAGAGUCUUUGACAGUACAGCCUACUGUCAAAAAUGGGACCGUGGUUUACGAGGAAUCACCACUAGUUAGGGCCGUUAAAUAUGGCUAUGUGUUAGUUAUAGAUGAAGCGGACGAAGCGCCAACAACAGUGACAAACGCAUUAAAGACUUUAAUGGAAAACAGAGAAAUGGCACUGAGUGAUGGCAGAAGGAUGAUUCCCAAGGAAAUUGUGAAUAGUUCUGAAACCAAAUCAGCUGAUUUUAUUCCUGUGCACGAAGAUUUUAGAAUGAUAGUGAUGGCUAGUCAAACUGGAUUUCUAUUUUUAGAGAAAGACUCCUCUAAUUCUUUAGGUAAUUUUAACGUUGUAAUCACUAAAUUAUACAUUUUUGGAUGUACUUGUAGUAUUUGCUUUAGUUGA